CAGCCCCGCCCACUGCCGUGAUGGUUGACGGUGAAACUAGUCAAACAGGAAUCUGCUCGUCCUGUUCAAACUUAUUCGUGGACUUGUUGCUUCCAGAGGAUUAAUAUUCCCUCCAGAGAGUCCGGGGGUCUCCUUAGGUAGACGCUCGUGCUGCCAGCGCCAGGCCCCAGCAUGCGCAGGCGUCUGGACCGGAUCCGCAACUGGAGCCACAGACGGGCGGACGACUGGACGGACCCGGCCGAGUCGCCCAGCACGUCGGACACAGAAUGCAGCGAGGAGGUCCUUUCAGGAACACCUCCUGCUCUCCAGGAGGACCCCAAAACCGAUCUCAACGAGGUCAAAGGUCAUCUCGAGAUCACCCUGUUGGAGAAACACUUCUUACAGGAGGAGCUGAGGAAACUCCGAGAAGAAGAGUACAGCGUGGACACGCUGCGUGAGGAGCUGGAGAAAGAGCACUGCCGGAACGAGGAGCUGGAGCAGAAGAUCAAAGACAUGAGUCGCAGACUUGAAGAUCCCACCAGUGCCGCUCCCAUAGCCCCGCCUCCUCAGGCCCUCGGCGCCGCAGAGAAAGACAAGGAGGACAUGUACUCCCGCUUCCAGAGGUGGCUCCUCCGUUAUUUGGGCGUCGACUUCCAGGACUUCAACUUCCAGCCGGAGGAGGAAGUGGCGGAGCCGGACGAGCAGCUCAGUGCCAGGAGGCUGACAGAAAACAUGAGACGUCUCAAAAGAGGACUCAGACCUGUGACAAACUUCAAGAGGGACUUGUCGGCCCUGUCCAGCUGGUACUCGGUCUACACGUCGGCCAUCGCCUUCACCAUGUACAUGUACGCAACGUGGCGUGGAUGGACCAUCUCCAUGUUCCUGUUCCUCGCCGUCCUGCGCCUCUCUUUAAAUUACCUCAUCGCCAGGGGCUGGAGGAUCCAGUGGAGCAUCGUGCCGGAGAUCUCAGAACCCGUGGAGCCUCCCAGGGAGGACCUGACCGUCACGGAGAAGUUCCAGCUGGUCCUGCACGUGGCCCAGAAAGUUCAGAACAUCUUUGGCAAGAUGGCCGACGUCCUGGAGAAGAUCAAGAAUCUCUUCAUGUGGGUGGAUCCUAAGUUAACCAAGAAGCUGUACGUGGCUGUGUGGGUGCUCUUCAUCGCCUCCUGCCUGCUGCCUUACAAAGUGCUGGGACUCAUCAUCGGUGUGGUUGCGGGUGUCAAGUUCUUCAUCAUCAACUUCAUCUUCAGGAGCUGUCCCAAACUGCGGGACCGUUACGACACGGCUCACAUCGUGUGGACCAGCCUGCCCACAGACCUGCAGCUGAGGGAGCGUGGCGACCCCUCGCUAUCCCGACGGGUUCCUUCUGGGGAGGACAUGGGAGCAGGAAAGUCCUUCACCAUCAAGAGAGGAGCCUUCCAUGAGGUCUUCAACCUCCCAGAGAGUGAGCUUCCACUGACAGCGUGUGAGGGAGGUUGGCGCUGCUGCCUGAUUAACCGUGACAAGAAGACGCCCACAGACUACAUCCGUCAUGGCGUGCUCUACGUCACAGAGAACCACCUGUGCUUCGAGUGCUCCAGGUCUUCAUCCUCCAAGAGGAACAAAGUCAUCAAGCUGCUGGACAUCGUGGACAUCCAGAAGUACAAAGUCCUGUCCGUCCUCCAAGGCUUUGGCAUGGGCAUCUCCAUAGCAACGCCCUCCACCCAGAAGCCCCUGGUGUUUGGAGCCAUGGCCAACCGCGACGAAGCCUUCCACCUCAUCUCCAGCCAGCACAAGAAGACGGUCGCCAUGGUUACCGCCGCCAUCCCAGAGACGUAGGAAGCAGAUGGUGGUCCCACAGGAAGUCACCUCUUCAGGACUUUUAUGGCAUUUUAGCCCUUUGCUCUGUUUCAACCUAAAAAUCAUGACGCCAUCUUGGAAAUAUGCUAACGUCUCUUGUCCUAGCACGCUAACAUUUUAUGCUAGCUUUUUAGCUCAUUUUUUUUAAUGUUUGAACCUAAAAAUCAUGGCGCUAUCUUGGAAAUAUGCUAACAUUUUACGGUAGAUUUUAGCAAAAAAAAUUAUGUUUGAACCUAAAAAUCAUGGCGCUAUCUUGGAAAUAUGCUAACAUUUUACGGUAGAUUUUAGCAAAAAAAAUUAUGUUUGAACCUAAAAAUCAUGGCGCUAUCUUGGAAGUAUGCUAGCAUUUUAUGCUAGAUUUUAGCAAAAAAAAUGUAUGUUUGAACCUAAAAAGCAUGGCGCUAUCUUGGAAGUAUGCUAACAUUUUAUGCUAGAUAUUAGCAAAAAAAAUGUAUGUUUGAACCUAAAAAUCAUGGCGCUAUCUUGGAAAUAUGCUAACAUUUUGUACUAGAUUUUAGCAAAAAAAAAAUGUAUGUUUGAACCUAAAAUCAUGGCACUAUCUUGGAAAUAUGCUAACACUUUAUGCUAGCUUUUUAGCAAAUUCUUUUAUGUUUGAACCUAAAAACCAUGGCGCCAUCUUGAAAAUACGCUGACAUUUUAUGCUAGCUUUUUAGCUUUUUUUUAAUGUUUAAACUUAAAAAUCAUGUCGCCAUCUUGGAAUUAUGCUAACAUUUUAUGCUAUCUUUUUAGCUCAUUUUUUCAGUUUGAACCUAAAAAUCAUGGCGCUAUCUUGGAAAUAUGCUAACACUUUAUGCUAGCUUUUUAGCUAUUUUUCUGUUUGAACCUAAAAAUCAUGGCACUAUCUUGGAAAUAUGCUAACACUUUAUGCUAGCUAUUAGCUUUUUUUUUUUUGUUUGAAUUUAAAAAUCAUGGCGCGAUCUUGGAAAUAUGCUAACAUUUUAUGCUAGCUUUUUAGCAAAUUUUUUAUGUUUUAACCUAAAAAUCAUGGCGCUAUCUUGGGAAUAUGCUAACAUUUUAUGCUAGCUUUUUAGCUAAUUUUUUAAUGUAUGAACCUAAAAAUCAUGGCGCUAUCUUGGAAGUAUGCUAACACUUUAUGCUAGCUUUUUAGCAAAUGUUUUUGUUUGAACCUAAAAAUAAUGGCACUAUCUUGGAAAUAUGCUAACACUUUAUGCUAGCUUUUUAGCUAAUUUUUUAUUGUUUGAACCUAAAAAUCAUGGCGCUAUCUUGGAAAUAUGCUAACACUUUAUGCUAGCUUUUUAGCUAAUUUUUUAAUGUUUGAACCUAAAAAUCAUGGCGCGAUCGUGGAAAUAUGCUAACAUUUUAUGCUAGCUUUUUAGCAAAUUUUUUAUGUUUAAACCUAAAAAUCAUGGCGCUAUCUUGGGAAUAUGCUAACAUUUUAUGCUAGCUUUUUAGCAAAUUUUUUAAUGUAUGAACCUAAAAAUCAUGGCACUAUCUUGGAAAUAUGCUAACAUUUUAUGCUAGUUUUUUAGCAAAUUUUUUAAUGUUUGAACCUAAAAACCAUUGCGCCGUCUUGAAAAUAUGCUGACAUUUUAUGCUAGCUUUUUAGCAAUUUUUUUUAUGUUUAAACUUAAAAAUCAUGGCGCCAUCUCGGAAAUAUGCUAACAUUUUAUGGUAGUUUUUUUAGCAAAUUUAUUAUGUUUAAAGCUAAAAAUCAUGUCGCCAUCUUGGAACUAUGCUAACACAUUAUGCUAGCUUUUUAGCACAUUUUUUAUGUUUGAACCUAAAAAUCAUGGCGCUAUCUUGGAAAUAUGCUAACAUUUUAUGGUAGCUUUUUAGCAAAUUUUUUGUGUUUGAACCUAAAAAUAAUGGCGCUAUCUUGGAAAUAUGCUAAAACUUUAUGCUAGCUUUUUAGCUGAUUAUUUUAGGUUUGAACCUAAAAAUCAUGGUGCCAUCUUGAAAAUAUGCUGACAUUUUAUGCUAGCUUUUUAGCAAUUUUUUUUAUGUUUAAACUUAUAAAAUCAUGGCGCCAUCUCGGAAAUAUGCUAACAUUUUAUGCUAGCUUUUUAGCUCAUUUUUUAUGUUUAAACCUAAAAAUCAUGGCGCCAUCUUCGAAGUAUGCUAACAUGUCUUAUCUUAACAUGCUAACAUUUUAUGGUAGCUUUUUAGCAAAUUUUUUAUGUUUAAACCUAAAAAUCAUGCUUUUUGACAUUUGCCGCUAUCUUGGAAAUAUGCUAACGUUUUAUGCUAGCUCUUCAACUAUUUGUGUAUGUUUAUACCUAAAAUCUAGUGCAUUUUAAUACUUGGCGAUAGCUUAGAAGUACACUAACUUGUCGUAUAUCAUCAUGCUAACAUUAGCAUGCUAACAUUUUAUGCUAGCCUUUUAGCUAAAUGUGUAUGUCUACACCCAAAAAUCAUGGAUUUGCAUACUUGGGGCAAUCUUGGAAAUACGUUAACAUCAAACAAAAUAUUAGCAUGCUAAUAUUUUAUGCUUGCAUUUUAGCUAAUUUUGUGUGUUUAUACCUAAAAAUCAUGUUUUUUAUGUAUUCGGCACCAUCUGGGAAAUAUGCUAACAUCUGCAGACUAACGUUUUAUGCUAGCUGUUCAGCUAAUUUCGUAUGUUUACAUUUAAAAACGAGUGCAUUUUAAUACUUGGCGCUAUCUUAGGAGUACACUAAUUUGUCAUAUGUCAUCAUGCUAAUGUUAGCAUGCUAGCACUUUAUGCUAGCUUUUUAGCUAAAUUUGUAUCUUUACACCCAAAAAUCGUGGACAUGGAUACUUGGCGCAAUCUUACAAGUAUCUGUAUAUUCGUAUGCUAAUGUUAGCAUGUUAAUGUUUUAUGCUAGCUUUUUAGCUAAUUUUGUACAGUUAUACCUAAAAAAUCACACAUUUUGAUAGUUGGCGCCAUCUCAGAAGUAUGAUAACGUCUCUUAUAUCAGCAUGCCAAGAUAAGCAUGCUAGCAUUUUAUGCUAGCAUUAGAGCUAAUGUACAUUUAAACCCAAAAAGUCAUAGAUUUUGAUACUUGGCGCCAUCUCGGAAGUAUGAUAACGUCUCUUAAAUCGGCAUGCUAAUGUAUUAGGCUAGCUUUUUUAGCUAAUAUCGUAUAUUUAAACCUAAAAAUGGCCAUCAAAAUUUCCGCUGGAAUUUUUCUAGUUAUAAUUAUUACAGCAAAUAAUACAAUGCGGGAAUCGAUUUAAAUCAAGAAACAAUUCUGAAUCGAAUCGGAAUCAAUUUGAAUCGUUAGUUGCCCAAAGAUUCACAUUCUGAGUUUAUUCAUCUCAAUUUUCAAAUGAAUAAAACAUAUAUUUCACUCUUUUUUUAAGCUUUGACUUUUUAAAAGCACUUUAAUUGUUCAUGUGUGUACUUUUAGAACAACGCAGCUUUUUGUAGCUUUUGCAAAGUCUUUUUUUUCCUCAAAUUGUGUUUGCCUGUAGACUUCCUGCUGCUAAAAUGAAACACAUUUGUAUUAUUUUAGUGCAAUCCUGCUUUUAAACCAGGGGUGUCCAAAGUAUGCUAAUAUUAGCAUGCUAGUUUUUUUUUGUGCAAAUAUUGCAGGUGUAUAUUUGUUACUUGACGAACGAUACCUGUUUGCAUGCUAAUGUUAUUAUGCUAGCUUUUUCUUGUGUGCUAAUGUUGUAGUUGUACACCUCAGUCGUAUUUUGGUACUUGAUGCAUGCUAACAUUAGCAGGCUAGCAUUUUAACACAUUUUUCAGGUACACAACUCAGAGUAAUAUAUUUUGGUAUUCGACACAUGUUAGUUAGCAUUUUAGCAUGCUAACAUUAGCGUGUUAGAUAUUUUUUAAGCUAAUUUAGCAGGAAUACACCUAGGAGUAAUAUAUUUUGGUAUUCAACACGUGUUAGUUAGCAUUUUAACAUGCUAACAUUAGCAUGCUAGAUAUUUUUUUAAGCUAACUUAGCAGGAAUACACCUCCAAGUAAUAUAUUUUGGUAUUCGACAUGCGGUAGUUAUUAUUUUAGCAUGCUAACAUUAACAUGCUAGAUUGUUAUUUUUAGCUAAUUUAGCAGGAAUACACCUCGGAGUAAUACAUUUUGGUAUUCGACACGCGUUACAGUUAGCAUUUUAGCAUGCUAACAUUAGCAUGCUAGAUAUUUUUUUAAGCUAAUUUAGCAGGAAUACACCUCAGAGUAAUAUAUUUUGGUAUUCGACACACGUUACAGUUAGCAUUUUAGCAUGCUAGCAUUAACAUGCGAGAUAUUUUUUUUAAGCUAAUUUAGCAGGAAUACACCUCAGAGUAAUAUAUUUUGUUAUCCGACACGCUUUAGUUAGCAUUUUAACAUGCUAACAUUAACAUGCUAGAUUAUUUUUUUAAGAUAAUUUAGCAGGAAUACACCUCCGACUAAUAUAAUUUGGUAUUCAACACGUUAGUUAGCAUUUUAGCAUGCUAACAUUAACAUGCUACAUUAUUUUUUUUUAGCUAAUUUAGCAGGAAUACACCUCAGACUAAUAUAUUUUGGUAUUCGACACACAAUAGUUAGCAUUUUAGCAUGCUAACAUUAGCAUGUUAGUUAUUUUUUUAAACUAAUUUGGCAGGAAUACACCUCAGACUAAUCUAUUUUGGUAUUUCGCUAAAUAAGUAUCGUUAGCAUGUUAGCAGAGUACUGUUAGCGUGCUAGAUUUUUAGCUCAUUUUGUUCAUUUUUCUGUGUUUAGGGUUCUUUGAAAAAGAAAUUUGUACUGGUUUUGAAAGUGAAAACUAGCAAAAUCCUUUAGUUUGUCAGUCUGAGGCCCUCAGUGGAAAAAGUGUGGACAUCCUGUUUUAAAUAGGCAUCUUGUUUUUGUGCAGUACUCAAUUGUUCCUGCUGGUGUCAGUAGUGGGUAGUAGUCACUGUGUCUUUUACGCACUUUUGAAUAGAUAAAUGAAUACAAAUGUAUUUUUCUCAAUAAGAUAAUAAAAUGCUAAUAAAAAUGAUUGC